AUGCGAAGAUUCUGCGACUUCGCGAAAAGCAAGAAUUUAGAGGUUCAGAAGGAAAACGUUCCUCUUUUUAUAUUAAGUCUACAACUUACCAAAAGCAGCACGGUGCAAUACACAAGAACUUUGUUGACCUUACUGGCCUCGGGGGGAUCACCGGCUCAGAUGUUUUUGGCCGGCCUUCAGCGAAAGGCGGACGCAAGUCCCAUAAAACAGGCUCGCCCCUUGGAGAGAUGGGAAUGGGAUAUCAUCAGCGAUUUGCCGACCCUAGAAAACGAUCGGGUAGCCCUACGACCCGCCUGGUUCACAGCCGCUCGGUGGGGUGAAAGCGCUCUACCCCAAAAGGAAAAUUUUAUUGCCCUCCCUCAAAACAAGGAAGCCCUCAUUGUUGAUUAG